UGCGUACCUUUUGUCCGGGGGACACAAAACACUGUGGGACACGAACAUGUCGUCUCUCGGCGGACAGCUUUGCUUUUAAGCAGGGAUGUGUGAAGCAGUGGAGAAGGAUCUGUACGCUGUCCUCGGUGCCGGCCCCUCUGACUCAGUCCAGCAACUCCGACACAGGUACCAGCAGCUGGCUUUACAGUACCACCCAGACCGUCAUGCAGGAAGUAGUUCUUCAGAAGCAGAGUCUGGGAUGAAGAGGUUUCUAGAAGUUGAUGCAGCCUGGAGGAUCCUCAGUGACCAGACAAGCAGGAGACAGUAUGACCUGCAGAGGAGAGCACAGGAGCUGAAACAGGAUUGGCCAGUGGAUUCUACCGUUCAUCUGCAGGACAUGAUCUGGGAACAGAAUGAGCGAGUGUACACGUACAGCUGUCGCUGUGGGGGUGGAUUCCACGUCUCGGAGGAGGAGGUUCAGGAAGAGACACACAGAAGGUGGCAGGACGAUGAAGAGGAGGAAACUGAUGAGCAAGGAGGAGUGGCUGUCUUCUGUGACACAUGUUCCCUCACUGUGUGCGUCACAUGGUCAUUACAAACAAAGACUCUUCGGACAUUUUGAAUAUAUUUGACAAUCACUGUUGGGAAACUUUCACCUCUGCCACUGCCGAGCCUGAUGAAGAAAUAAUAACAUGACUCUUCAAAGCAUACUGUUUGCUCCUCUGAUCAGCUCACACUUUGUGCUCAACAUCUCCACCUACCAAUUAAAAAGCUCCGUGGCUGAUUCA